AUGCUAUGGGAUCCCGAGGAUAUAGAGAUGCUCACGUUUACUAAUGUGAUGCGCAUUUUCAGUCGUGGAGAGUCGUCAGGUGACGACGCGGUCACCAUCAAGACGCAUCUGGAAUAUAGGCUGGCAAUAAAGCACGUCGGCAUCCGCAUCAGCAUGAAGCAGACUGCCCUAAAGAUUCAAGCUGCCAAGGAGGUGGACAAUGUAUCCAAUAUUGCCAGCAUGAAUCAAGCCAAGUUGCCGUGUUUGUCCGCGUGCAAUGUGCUGCCAACUAUCAUAUCAUCGCCAACAUUCUCAGAUUGCUCGACAUUCCGCUUCAAACGGCAUAUCAGAAGCUCAGAGAUCGUCGAAGUUAAGGUUGUCAAAGUCGAGGUCAUCGAAGUCGAUGUCGAUGUCGUCGAAUUCAAGGUCAUCGAAUUUAAGGUUGUCAAAGUCAAGAUCGUCAAUGUCGAAAUUGUCGAAGUAAAGGUCGUCGAACUCGAGAUCGUCGAAGCUGAGGUCAUCGAACCCGAGGUCGUAGAACCUGAGGUCGUCGAACUCGAUUUCGGUGAAUGA